AUGCUAGGUCUAUCUGCUCUUCUCAUAGUCUUUGCUUCACUCGGCUCAUUUGCGGCGGCAUCCGACGGGGUUGUGCAAUGGCACAUUGAAAGGCGGCAGGUUCAUGCGCCAACGCCGGAAUUGGCAAAACGCGUUGCGACCACCUUCGAGGAAGUCAUCCACAAUGAGAAGUCGAGAGGCGGCUACUUCGCAAAAUGCUCCGUUGGCGGACAGGAUGUGACUUUGCAACUAGACACGGGCUCCUCAGACCUUUGGGUCCCGGCCGACUCAGCAUGUAAAUCUGAUCGAGUCCCCAACGGCUGCUCCCUCGGAUCUUUCAAGAAAGACCAGUCGUCCUCAUUCCAAGUGACCGGCAAGGACCAGUUCAGCAUUCAGUAUAUUGAUGGAUCAUUCGCCCGAGGCGACUAUUUCACCGAUACAUUUUCCAUUGGCGGCGUCAAGGUGACCAAUCUCACCAUGGGACUUGGGAAACAAACCGAUAUUCCCUAUGGCCUGGCCGGAGUUGGUUACGCAAUGAACGAAGCAAUUGUUGGGGGCAACAGCUCCAACUUUACAACAUAUCCAAACUUGCCCGCAACAAUGCUGAACGACGGCCUUAUAAAUACGAAUGCUUUUAGCCUUUGGUUGAACAAUUUGAAUGCAAGUACUGGGAGAAUCCUGUUUGGGGGCGUUGAUGUUGCAAAGUUCAAGGGACGCAUGUCAAGAAUCCGCAUCUACGAAGAUGUCUUCAGCCAGGAAUACAUGUCGUUCACCGUCGCUUUGACCUCACUGGAGGCACACAGUGAAAGCGGCCAAGACACUCUUACCUCGCGCUCUUUUCCAAUACCUGUGGUCCUCGACUCCGGUACCACCCUCUCCUAUCUACCGAAUGAUCUUGCCAUCCAAACAUGGACAGAGGUUGGCGCACUCUACAGCGCAGAAUAUGGCCAAGCGCUGCUCCCGUGCGCAAUGGAGAGUAGCAAAGGAUAUUUUGUGUUUGGCUUCGCAGGUUCCGACGGACCCAGGAUCCAGGUUGACAUGAAAGAGCUUGUCUUGGAUCUUACGACUGGGCCGGCUCCGAAAUUCACCAAUGGCAGAUAUCAAGGCCAGGAUGCAUGCACCUUUGGAAUCCAGAACUUCACCGGCCAGACCAUGGUUCUGGGCGACACGUUCCUCAGGUCUGCAUAUGUUGUCUAUGACUUGGUCAACCACGAAAUUGGUAUCGCGCAGACUGAUUUCAACUCGACAACUUCAGAAAUCAUCGCUUUCCCAAGCAGCGGCGCCCCUAUCCCAUCCGCGACCAUGGCACCGAAUCAGGACCAAGCCGUGGUCAAGCCGCAGAUGACAAUACCUGCAUUUAAUGCCCAACCUGGCUUUAGGCAGGGUAUGAGGACUUAUAGGUCAGUUGCGGCCAUAAUAGACCGGAGCUUGCUCGGUGCCCAGUCUGCAGCACCUCGCCGGCUGUUCAGUGUAGAGGGCAGCCUGAGGACGGCACGCCCUGUUUCUUCCCUCCAAAGUGCUACGCGUUUGGGCCACGAGAGGAGAUGGUUCAGUGAGAGCGCGAGGCUGCGCAACUUGAGCGCUGCUCAGCAGGCACUAAAAGCAGCCCAAGAUGCGGCCAAAAAUCUCACGGCCGAGACGGUGGCGAAGAGCAUGACCGAAGCGGAAAAGACGAAGCUGGCACGAGUGCGGAACAUUGGUAUCGCGGCCCACAUCGACAGCGGCAAGACAACAUGUACCGAGCGUGUGCUUUUCUACACGGGACGUAUCAAGGCCAUUCACGAAGUUCGAGGCAAAGAUGCUGUGGGUGCCAAGAUGGACUCCAUGGAGCUCGAGAGGGAGCGAGGAAUCACCAUCCAGUCCGCGGCAACUUUUGCGGACUGGACCAAGAAGGAGAAUGGCGAGGACGCCACUUACCACCUCAACUUGAUUGACACUCCGGGACAUAUCGACUUCACCAUUGAGGUCGAGCGGGCUCUCCGAGUCCUCGAUGGUGCCGUCUUGGUUCUGUGUGCCGUCUCAGGUGUCCAAUCCCAGACCAUCACCGUCGAUCGCCAGAUGAAGCGCUAUGAUAUUCCUCGCAUCAGCUUUGUCAACAAGAUGGACCGCAUGGGUGCGAACCCAUUCAAGGCCGUCGAGCAGAUUAACAAGAAACUCAAGAUUCCUGCCGCUGCCGUUCAAGUGCCCAUCGGUUCCGAGAAAGACUUUGAGGGAGUCGUUGACCUGAUCCACAUGAAGACGAUCCGAACCGAGGGUGCCAGGGGCACAAACGUCAAGGUUUCCAGCCAGAUCCCGGAUGAUGUCAAGGAACUCGCUGAGGAGAAGAGGCAGGAGCUGAUUGAGAAGCUGGCUGAUGUCGACGACGAGAUUGCUGAGAUCUUCCUCGAAGAGCAGACGCCCACUCCUGAACAGAUCAAGGCUGCUAUCAGGAGGGCAACCAUUGCACGCAAGUUUACCCCCGUGUUGAUGGGUUCCGCCCUUGCGGACAAGUGCAUCCAGCCCAUGCUCGAUGCCGUCUGUGACUACCUGCCAAACCCAUCCGAGGUCGAGAAUGUGGCCCUGGACCGCUCAAAGGGCGAGGCUCCAACCGCGCUUAUCCCCUAUGAUGCGCUACCUUUUGUCGGCCUUGCGUUCAAGCUCGAGGAGAACCCGUUCGGUCAGCUUACCUACAUCCGAGUUUACCAAGGCUCGCUCAAGAAGGGCAUGUACCUUUUCAACUCUCGCAACAACAAGAAGAUCCGCAUUCCCCGCAUCGUACGUAUGCACUCGAACGAGAUGGAGGAUGUUAACGAGAUCGGUGCCGGUGAGAUUUGCGCCGUGUUCGGUGUCGACUGUGCCUCUGGCGACACGUUCACCGACGGCAACCUACCUUACACCAUGUCCACCAUGUUCGUUCCCGAUGCUGUCAUGUCUCUGUCCAUCAAGCCUAAGCGUAGCAGCGACGCCGAUAACUUCUCAAAGGCCAUGAAUCGCUUCCAGCGUGAAGAUCCCACCUUCCGUCUUCACGUCGACGAGGAAUCUGAGGAGACCAUCAUUUCUGGAAUGGGCGAGUUGCAUCUCGAGGUGUACGUCGAGCGCCUGCGUCGUGAGUACAGGUGCGACUGCGAGACUGGCCAGCCGCGCGUCGCGUACCGUGAGACCAUCACCCGCCGGGCCGAAUAUGACUUCCUUCUCAAGCGCCAGAGUGGUGGCCCUGGUGACUACGCUCGUGUUGUGGGCUACAUUGAGCCCAAUGAUAAGAGCGCCGAGGAGAACUUCUUUGAGGCCCGCGUUGUUGGUGGCAACAUUCCCGACAAGUUCCUCAGCGCUUGCGGUAAAGGUUUCGAGGAAGCUGCACGCAAGGGUCCUCUCUUGGGCCACAGGGUCAUCGGCACGACUAUGAUCGUAAACGAUGGUGCCACUCAUGUUACUGAUUCAUCCGAUUACGCCUUCAACCUGGCCACCCAGAUGGCUUUCCGCAAGGCGUUUGUUGACGCCGGCGGCCAGGUCCUGGAGCCGCUCAUGAAGACCACGAUUACUGCGCCCAACGAGUUCCAGGGUUCUGUGCUCAUGCUGAUGAACAAGCGCGGUACUGUCAUCGACACCGAGAUUGGUCCCGAUGACUUCACCCUUAUUGCCGACUGCUCUCUGAACGCCAUGUUUGGCUUUUCCUCGCACCUCCGCGCCGCUACCCAGGGUAAGGGCGAGUUUAACAUGGAGUUCAGCCACUACGCAGCGGCGCCUCCACAUCUCCAGAAGGAACUUAUCGCCAAGUACCAAAAAGAACUGGACUCUAAGCGAACAAAAUAA